UUGGUGCCCUCCCAGCUCUAGAGCCGGCUCCCAGGGAGAACGCGGUGGAACUUCAGAAACACUGGGCAGCCCUGUCUUUCAACUGAUGGCCCUGUCCCUGGGAGCCGAGAUGUGGGGGCCUGAGGCCUGGCUGCUGCUGCUGCUGCUCCUGGCGUCCUUUACAGGCCGGUGCCGGGCAGGCGAGCUGGAGACCUCAGACGUAGUGACCGUGGUGCUGGGCCAGGAUGCCAAGCUGCCCUGCUUCUACCGAGGGGACCCGGGCGAGCAGGUGGGCCAGGUGGCGUGGGCACGAGUGGAUGCGAGCGAGGGCGUCCGGGAGCUGGCGCUGCUGCACUCCAAAUAUGGGCUGCACGUGAGUGAGGCCUACGAGGGUCGCGUGGAGCAGCCGGCGCCCCCACGAAGCCCUCUGGAUGGAGCGGUGCUGCUGCGCAAUGCGGUGCAGGCGGAUGAGGGCGAGUAUGAGUGUCGCGUUAGCACCUUCCCUGCAGGCAGCUUCCAGGCGCGGCUGCGGCUUCGCGUUCUGGUGCCUCCCCUGCCCUCACUGAAUCCUGGUCCAGCGCUAGAAGAGGGCCAGGGCCUGACUCUGGCAGCCUCCUGCACAGCAGAGGGCAGCCCGGCCCCCAGCGUGACUUGGGACACAGAGGUCAAGGGCACGACGUCCAGUCGUUCCUUCAAGCACUCCCGCUCAGCAGCUGUCACCUCAGAGUUCCACCUGGUGCCCAGUCGCAGCAUGAACAGGCAGCCACUUACCUGCGUGGUGUCCCAUCCUGGCCUGCUCCAGGACCAAAGGAUCACCCACAUCCUCCAUGUGGCCUUCCUUGCUGAGGCCUCCGUGAGGGGACUUGAAGACCAGAAGCAGUGGCAAGUGGGCAAAGAAGGAGCCACACUCAAGUGUCUGAGUGAAGGGCAGCCUCCGCCCACAUACAACUGGACACGGCUGGACGGGCCUCUGCCCAGUGGGGUUCGAGCAGAAGGGGACACCCUGGGCUUUCCCCCACUGACCACUGAGCACAGCGGCACCUAUGUCUGCCACGUCAGCAAUGAGCUAUCCUCUAGAGAUUCUCAGGUCACUGUGGAUGUUGUUGAUCCUCAGGAUUCCCAUGUGCAGCAGUUGGACCUGGUGUCAGCCUCUGUGGUGGUGGUGGGCGUCAUUGCUGCACUCCUGUUCUGCCUCCUGGUGGUGGUGAUUGUGCUCAUGUCCCGAUACCAUCGGCGCAAGGCCCAGCAGAUGACCCAGAAAUAUGAGGAGGAGCUGACCCUGACCAGGGAAAACUCUAUCCGGAGACUGCACUCCCAUCACUCAGAUCCCAGGAGCCAGCCGGAGGAGAGUGUAGGGCUGAGAGCCGAGGGCCACCCUGAUAGUCUCAAGGACAACAGUAGCUGCUCUGUGAUGAGUGAAGAGCCAGAGGGUCGCAGCUACUCCACGCUGACCACCGUGCGAGAGAUUGAAACGCAGACAGAGCUGCUGUCUCCAGGCUCUGGGCGGACAGAUGAAGAGGAAGACCGGGAUGAAGGCAUCAAACAGGCCAUGAAUCAUUUUGUUCAGGAGAAUGGGACCCUUCGGGCCAAGCCCACGGGCAAUGGCAUCUACAUCAAUGGGCGCGGGCACCUGGUCUGACCCAGGCCUACCUCCCUCCCUGGCUCCUUUUGCCGACACUGUGGAUUUCCGCUCAUCUCGGGGAGGAGGGGAGCCUCCCUAAACAUCCUAUUGCUUGAGGAAGAUGCUCCCCAUCCCCACUGACUGCUCGACCUUUUUCUCCAACCCUUCUGUUCAGUGAUGGAAGGGCUCCCCUGGCUGAGUCCCUCCCAUGUGUGUGCAGGUCACUGUGUAUGCCUGUGGUAUGUGAGUGUCGCUGGCUGUGUGUGUGUGGAGGGGUGAGUGUGCCGUGGUGUGUGUCAGAGUCCAGUGAACUGUGCAUGUGAGCCAUCUGAUGCUGGUGGCUGGGGAACAACGUGGGACUGGUUUGUGUGUGGCGUGGCCGAGCGUGUGUGGUGUGGCUGUGUGACCUCUGCCUGAAACGCAGGUGUUUUCCUCAGACCCCAGAGCAGUAUUAAUAAUGCAGAGGUUGGAGGAGAGAGGUGGAGACUAUGGGCCAGACCCAGGUUGCAGGCAGAGCUGGAGCUGGAAUCUGGCCUCCUGAGUGGGGAGCGGGGCUCCCACCACCCAGGGGCAUUGGGGUGAGUGUGAAGCAGCCCUAAGGGUUCUGCCAGAGGCUGGAACUGUUACAGAAGAAACCCUCUGCCCUCUGGUGGCCUUGGGACCUGCUGCAUGUACAUAUUUUUUGUAAAUAAACCUCCACAGGGGAGCUCUUUAAGAUAUACUGCUCCAGAUCUUUCAAUAAGAGAAGGAAAAAAACUAAAACAAACAAACAAACAAACAAAAAAACUUGUGAUUUAUCUGGAGUACUGAAAGUCGAGCCAACACAGGACUUUGGCGCAGCCAGAGCUUGCUUAGAUCCCACCCAGGGGCUUGAUUCCUGGUUGAGAAAGAUGCUGUUCUAAGGCUCCUUAAUCUAGGCAGCCUCUUCGGAGGGAUCCAGAAAGUUGGUGGAUCAGAACCAUGGGUGUGAGACUGGUUGUUGGCUAAGGGACGGUAGGUUGAAUCCUUGACCCUGCUGUUCCUUAACACUCCCCCUGACCUCAUCUCUUUACUCUGUGGUAUCCACCGUUGUUUGUAGUCCCUUGGGAGUUGCUGGAACUGGGUGGCAAGGGGUCCUGCUUGAGUUGUGGUGUAGGGAGAGAGAAGUGGUGAUUACGGACAUUGGGAGGGUGGGCGUUCAUGAAGGUGAAGGAGCUGUUGGGGGCAAGAACGUCUCCUUUCCUACAGAGGUUCUGGGUCACUAACUCAGGCUAUUCUGGCAAUUUCUCUGGGUGGGCUGGUACUUGAGAAGGCCCAUUUUUGCCUAGCCCAGCCAAAUACACUCCGUCAGCAUCCCUAGGCUUAGUGCCCAAAUCCUGCUUGGCCUGAAAACUGCUGUAUUUUUGGACCAAAGGAGAGAUUCCCAUUCCUGGAUCCCUGGCCAGCCCAGGGCUUUGGAGGGGCAGCCUGGAGAUCCUGGGUACUGGUGUGUACAUUUUGUGUAAAUAUGUGCAUAUUUGUACAUAAAAUGAUACUCUGUUUUUAAAUAAACAGAUAA